GUACGGUCCCAUACUGAUAGUUCCCUUUCCAACAACAUCGGCACCCAGAGCGACAACUGUCCUUCAUCAUGAGCUUACACCGACCUUUCCACAAACUACUUUUCCACAAACUACCCACUCAUAUCCCUCCACACUCGACCACUUCGUUCCAUUCUUUCAUCAUUCGAGGUUCAAGUUAAAAACGAAGGGUUGGCGAAUAUCAAUCUGUUGCUCUUUAUAAUAGAACCGACAUCCAAUGACCCAUAUUUCAUUACAGCCCUUAUCCGUCUCCGCUAUAAAUACCGGAAACGGCAACAUUUCCGCUGCGUUCUGAUGGCCGACCUCCUCCGUCGUCGCUCGGCGGCGCUCUGGGUCGCCCGCCUCGCCGUGCUCCUCGCUGGCGCCGUCUCCGCCGCCGCCCUCGCUCGCACCUCCCUACCCUACUCUUUAGCUCUUCUUUCCUCCCUCCCCCGGGCCUGGUCCUCAUUCCGAUCAUGGCUCUCUCCUCCCUACCUCUUCGCUGCCAUCCACUUCAUUAUCAUCGUCAUUUGGAAGCUCUCUGAUAAGAAGCAGAGCAGCCGCGACGCCGAUCCCCAGUCCAAACCACGCGAUCUCCUCUCCCGUAAGCCCUCUGCGGAGCUAUGGACCGAGAUUCGAGCGGAUCCGCUGGAAUCCGACUCCAGAUCGCCGGAUCCGGUGGUGGAGCAAGAGAAAUCCUCUGAUGGAUCCUGCGUCACAGACGAAUCCCUGGAGAACGAGACGAUGGAUGCGACUUGGAAGGCCAUAAUGGAGGCGGCGGCGUCCCCGGCUCGGCCGCAGCUGAGGAAGAGCGAGACCUGGGAGCGUACUGACAGGGGCUCCGGCGACUGA